AUGUCUCAAUAUGAGAAUGCCGCCGCACCCGCUGCUAAUAUGACAUCUACCCUUCAGCAAUCGCGCCAAUCUGUCCCCGCAAACACGGCGCAUCCUCACGCGCACGCGCACGCGCCCUCGCCCGUGCAGCUUCAGCAUCAGCCUCAGCCCCAGCCUCAGCCCCAGCAGCAGUCUCAAACUCCCCAGCAUAAACGCGUAUACCAAGCCUGUAUCCCUUGCCGGAGGAGAAAGGUGAGAUGUGACUUGGGUAGUGUAGACGAUCCCCACGAUCCCCCCUGUGUCCGUUGCCGCCGCGAGAGCAAAGAAUGUUUCUUUAGCGCUACGAGACGUAAGCGUAAGAACGAGGACGAUGCGGACGAACAAGAAGACGACUAUAUUAUUCGCAACGCACGGAAACGGGCCCAUGCCGAAGGCACACCUCCAUUCGUCGAUAAGAAAUCUUAUAGUAACGUACCCUUAACUCCCGGCGGUUCAAACGGCCGAACGCAGCCCUUAAAGCGACCCAAUGCAGAUCACGAAGACGGGAAGAACGGCAGAGGAGGAAGUUAUACGGACAUCGGUGAGGAUUCGAACGCUCAGUUGGAAAACCUCGAAGCGCAGAGCGUUAUGAGAAAGGAAGUCUACGGGCCUCACGAUGCCCUUGACCUGCUGUACAAGGCUGCUACCGACAGGUCCGUCUUUAUAUCACAUCCGUCUAGCCUGCUCCCAAACGAGCGAGUCGCUGAUUAUUCCAAAAGUCCGCAUGAUAUAAACAGGCGCCACGAAAGCAUCGCCUCUGUCGUCCAGCCCUCGCCCGUAUCUGUUCCUGGCCGUAAAACGCCGCGGGAUCAUAGUUCCGGUUAUAAUGGUCGUUCGGCUGGUCGCACGACUUCGAAAUCUGCAGACUUGAUUGAUCCACUCCUGCAGUCAUCAACUAAGAACGAUGAGGCGGCUGAUAUGGAACGUCGGUUGAACGUUGAGAAUGAAGCUGGAUAUCAAGAAGCGCUUGAGGCUUGGUCUAGGUUCAGAUUUGUCAGAGCCGGAUGGUUCACAAAAGAGGAGGCCAUUAGGUAUAUCGUAUACUAUUACGAGUACCUAUCUCCCAUGACGCCUAUAUCGCCGCCAACCUUCCGAAGCCCGGCUUCUCAUAGCACCUUAUUAACCGAGGAGCCCAUACUUACUGUCACCCUACUAACUAUCGCAUCAAGAUACUACCGUAUAAGAGCCACAGGUGGGCAUUGUAGAUCUCACGCCAUCCAUGAGGAGCUAUGGAGAUAUCUUCGAAGGAUGAUUGAAAGGUGUCUCUGGGGGCAGGAGGCCUUUGGUGGUGGCUUCUGCGGGUCUGGUGCCGACGAGUCUCAAACAUCUAGCACUGCGCCGUGGCGAGGUCUUAGGAAAGGGAGUCUGCGUACGUUAGGAACAAUCGAGUCGUUAAUGAUAUUGACUGAGUGGCAUCCUCGCGCGCUCCAUUUCCCUCCCGACGAGGCAAUUGACGAGCUGAUGCUUCCCUCUCGCAGCGUAUCUCAGCUCGAUGAUGAAGGGGAUCAACGCCCCGGCGGUAACGUUGGGGGCCGUAGAAUCGAGAGCUGGCUUGAGCCUGCAUGGAGGAGUGACCGUAUGUGCUGGAUGCUUCUUAGCAAUGCGCUAGGACUCGCUUACGAAUUGGGAGUUUUCGAUGACAUCGAUGAGCUUCUGGAGACCAAUGCCAUCACGCGGCCCGAGUACGAGGAUGAAGCGUAUCGUCUCCGCGCGACGCGGAUUAAGCGACUGCUGCUAGUCUACUUAACACAGCUGGCUGGCCGUCUGGGCUGGACGAACAUGGUUCCUGAUAGCAUCCGGAAAACUGACCCUGCCCUAUCCGGAAGGCGCCCGAUAUCAAACGAGGGAAACACGCCGGGCACAACUCAAUCGGUCAUGUCUAGCAGCUUCAGUUAUGUACCCAACGUCGAGCUAGAUGAUCAAAUCAUACACUGCUGGGUAGGUGUAAGCGAUGCCAUGCAACUGGGUAACGAAAGAUUGUUUCGAUCACGGAAACACACCACAGAGAUCAUCCAAAGCGGGAACUACACAAAGGCGCUCAAAGAAUUCCAGCCGAUUCUCAGGAACUGGUGGAGAGAAUUCCAGCGUUUCGAUAUGCCCGAGAACAUCCGUCAUAUACUAACAAUCGAGUAUGAAUAUGUACGGAUAUACGUCAACUCAUUGGCAUUGCAAGCAGUUGUUGAGCGUUGCACAACAAAUGCUGGGGCCUCUAGCAAUACCGGACACGGAAAUAAUACCGCCUCAGGGAAUCCACAACUAUCACCUCAAACGCAAAACUAUCUAGGCAACCUCCCUCUUGGUCACCUAGGGGGCUUCGGCCAUGAAGACCAAGAGUACGUAAAGGAAGUGGUGGAUGGGUGUAGGAAUCUUCUACGAACUGUUGUUGAAGGUUUGUUGAAAGAAGGAUACCUCAAGCACGCCCCCGUGCGAACUUACUUCCGCAUCAUCAGUGGAGCUAUGUUCUUGCUGAAGACCUUCGCCCUGGGUGCUCCCAAGUCCGAUGUAGAAGUGAGCAUCAGUCUCUUGGAUCGCACGGUCGACGCGUUACGGAACUGUGUUGUGGAUGAUAUACAUUUAGGCACCAGGUUCGGUGAUCUACUCGAGUCUCUAACAACGCGACUCCGAGAUCGUUUCAAGUACGCACCGGCGACAGGUUCUGGCGAAGGCAAGAGCCCUCGUCAAAAUGGCGAGGUGAGCAGAGUCAUGGCUACGAACGGAAAUCUGCAGGCUAACGGUGUCGAGAAUGGCUACCUGAACCAGACUAAAUUCAGAGAGGGCCUCAAUGUUCCUGAGCGCUCAUCUACUCCUUCGGGCAAUGUGUCGGCCACGCCUUUCGACCUCACUACGGGCAGUUUCCCUUACCCAGCCGGGUCAGCUUCGGUGUUCGGACCAGCCACACCGGCACAUAGUGGUAACGUUCUAGAAUCAUCUCACAUGGGUGAUAAUGUAUUUGAACCAGGCGCCGACUGGGCUGCUGACGACCAGAUGUGGUACCUCCCUCCGGGCCCCGGCCUGUUCCAGAACAUGGGAGAGAAUUCCAAUGUGACGAUGACGGAUCAGGGAGUUAACGUAGGAGGUAUUGACUUGCUUGAGUUCAUGGCCAUGGACCCACCUUCAUUCAAUGGUCCUAUGGACGGCCACGGAUACUAG